GUCGGCAUGGAGACGGUGGAGCAGCUCGUCGCCUUCCACCGCAUUCAGGUGCAGCUGAGCGGGGGCGCGCCUUGGGGGUUCACGCUGAAAGGCGGGCUCGAGCACGGGGAGCCGCUCAUCAUCACCAAAAUCGAGGAUGGAGGGAAGGCGGCGCUCUGCAGGAAGCUGAAGGUCGGCGACGAGCUCAUCAACAUCAACGGGUCGGCGCUCUACGGCAGCAGACAGGAAGCGCUCAUCCUCAUCAAGGGAUCGUACCGGAUACUGAAGCUCGCCGUGAGGAGACGCAGCGUUCCUCUCCUCAGGCCUCACUCCUGGCACCUGGCGAAGCAACCGGAGCCUGGCGAACCCCUCCCUCCUCCUCCGCCUCCUCCGUCUCCUCCACCUUGCCUCCCCACUGCCGACUCCCCUCCUCUCCCCCCUCCUCCCCCUCUGUCUGCCAUGCAGCUCCACCCCGGCUCGUACACACUACCCUGGCAAACAACCGACAACAGUGACUUGUCCUUGCAGUGGGGUCAGCUGUCCAGACCUUACUCCUCCACUGAUCGAAGCAGUUCCCUGGGCUCCAUGGAGAGCUUGGACACACCGACACCCACUGCGCAGCCGUACUCCGACUCCCAUAGUUCCCCCGUCGACCCCACCCUCUUCAACAACAAGAGAGACUCUGCCUACAGCUCCUUCUCCGCCAGCUCAAACACGUCCGACUACGCCACGGUGCCACUGAGGCCCGGAGACGCCUGCUCCAUGGACAACCUCCUCCAGGGCCUGGGGCCGACUUGUCGAGGAUACCAUCGCGGUGAUACCUCAACCCUGGGGAGUUCGUCUGGCGAGGCCCCGGAUGAGGUGCAGCUUAUUAUACUCAAGUCCAGGUCCUUGACCAGGCCAAGAACAAGGCCUGUUGAGGUUAGAGAGAGGCCUUCAUCCUGCUGUUAUGACAGAGGAGACUUUGAGAUCAUAAGAAAUGGAGAAAGAGGAGCUGAGAGAAAGAUGAACCCUCCUCAGCCUCCAACCAGGAAGGACAGUUUUAGGGCAACCAGGACUCGGCCUAAUGCCGCCAACAAACGUUGCGUCUCCGCUCCGAUUGAAAUUUCCAGUGAUUCUUUUUACCGUGAGGAAAACAAGUCCUCUCUGGAUGUUGAAUCGGGAAUGCUUAACGGCUUCCCUGCACCAGGAGAAGGUGACAAAACUGAGAAUUUAAAAGACUCGCACUAUAUCCAAAGACAGACAGAAGACGUUAGACAAAUCAGAUGUGAUCCUCGCGCUAAUAGGGACUACAAUUCAGAGAGCACUUCAGAUCACCUCCCUGAUCCCAUCACCUCCUCUCGUCCUGGCUCCUUACCUGCAGAAUCCUCCAUGAUGGUUCAAGAGGAUUCUCGUAUCAUGCACUCCCAGACCAAGCACUCCUCUACGGGGCUUCACCGGCACAGCGCCCCCGAUAAGCUCCUCGCUACACAACUACAGUUAUUGCAGUGUAAUAGUGAUAGCUCUUCUUUGGAGCCUCACAAUCCAUCGGACACUUCUGAUCCCUCCUUGUCUUCUUGUAGCAGCCAGUGGUCGCAUUCGUCGCUUCAGCCCACAAGGGACGACCAAGAAGCUCCUUACAACCACGUCCAAGCGCCGUCAAACAAGCGGGGAGGCAGCCGUUGUUCGACUCCAGGAUCUGUGUUCUUAGAUGGGGAUGAUGACGACGGAGGCUCAAGUGAAAGGCUUGAAAGCAAGGGUGUAAAUGGUGGGUCCCUCCCCUCAACAGAGCAUCACCACCCAUGGGGCCGCUCUGUGAGCGGACCAGGGGAUCCCACUGGAUCAACCCAGAGGAGGCUAAGCUCUGACCAGAUACUAGAGAGAGAUUUCCAGCCUCUUAGUGCUGCUGCCAGUGUGGAUACGUUACUGGAGGAGCAGAGGGAAUUGGAUAGAGGAGGAAGUGGAGGUAAAUGUAAAGAGGUUGCAGCAGAAAUGUUGGACAUGAAGAGGUCGAACGCGUCCAGGAACCAUCGCCGAAACCGUCGUCGUAGCGAGCGAUUCGCUACCAACCUCCGGAAUGAAAUCCAGAGGAAAAAGGCUCAGCUUCAGAGGAGUCAUGGCCCAGGAGGGUUGCUCUGCAGCGGGGAAACUGUCCAGGAGGAAGAGGGUCAAGACCUCAAUGAGGAGGGGGCAGACCCUGAACCCCCUGCCCAGGAGAGGACUACCAAAGUCGCAUUUGCCUCACCUGUUAGUCCCCAAGAUGCACCGGGUGAGAAAGCAAAAACCUCAAGUGAAUCGAACGAUGAGGUUUCGCAGACUCAGUCGACAACCUACACUCAAAACAACAUCCCAUCCAGGUCCGUUCAGAUUCUGGACCCAGGAGUGCCAAAUUUUGGUGUCGGUGUACGAGUCAUAGAGGAACCAGCGCCUGCUGGCAAAGCCCGCCGCUGGCGUUGGACCCCCGAGCACAAACUACAACCAGAACCCGAACCAGAAAGACGGUGUGGAGUCUCCGGUGAGAAGGCGUUGGGACUCACAGGGUCACGGCAUGGGGUUUGUGCCUUCACCUCCUCAUCCACUUCCUCAUACAGUCGCUCCUCUUCACGGACGGACGAGUCGGAUAUCCUUCCGUUUGCGGACAGAAUGAAGUUCUUCGAGGAGACGAGCAAGGGCGCAUCCAAUGUCUCGAGUCUAUCGAGUCGCAGGCAGAAGAAACCCCUCCAUCAUCAGGAGCUCCAGGGAGGGGAGCUCAAUCAGCACCCGACCCAGAGGAGAUACUCCUACCAGGGGGGACUUCAGCAGGAGACUGCCCUGCUUCCGAACACUAUGGAGGCCAGGAGGAUGUCUGUGAGCACCGGCAUGGAGAGGCAGAGAGAGAAGCAGAGGGAACAAGCGAGAGAGAGGGAGGAGAGGGCGAGGGAACGGGAGAGGGAAAGACAGGAGAGGGAGUUAGAAAUGGAGAAGGCAAGGCUGAAGGAGGUUCAGCGGGAGAGGGAACGAGAGGAGAGGGUGAGACAGUGGGAGAGGGAACGAGAGAGGGAGCUUGAACUGGAGAGAGAAAAAGAGAUGGAGAAGGCCAGAGAGGAGGAACGUCUCAAAGAAGAACGAGAGAAAGAGAUUGAGAGGGAAAGGGAGGAGGAUGCUCGGCUCCGCUCACAUCAGGAGUUUUACAGCAUCAGAGAAAUAAAUCAGGACUUCCAACACGACUUCCAGCCGAAGCCUCAGGCGUUCUCCCACGGCCACACCCAGAAUCAAGUCCAGAGAUCGGCUUUUCAUCCCGUCAACAGCCCUUCUCAGCUCCUGGAGAACCAGCAACCUCAUCACCAGGGUAUCACAGCGAGGAGCUACACUCCUACUGAGAUGCAUCCCGCCCGGCAACAGGAAACGACCAACCUCAACAGGAAGUACAGCCUGACGGAGAGGGAUUACUCCAGCUGGAGACGGGAGUCCAGACCUCCAGAGACCACCAAUCCGUAUCAUCAGCACCACCAGGGUCGAUGGGGUCACAGACCGGCCGACGACGAUCGCAACGGAUACGCGUUCCCUCCGCCGCCGGCUCCUCUCUCCCUGCGAGGACGAGCCAUGUCCGAAAACGACCUCCGCUUUGACAGAAACAGCAGCCAACGCUGGUCGCCAUCGAUCUCCGUGGCGACCAGCCACACCCUGAGCGAGGUGGAGGAAGGAGGGGGCGGAGUCAGGGGAGGAGAAGCCGGCAGCACCGCCCGGCCAAACAGGAAGAAGACUCUGCCUCCGCCCAGACCGCCGCCCCCAAAGUGGGAGCAGUUCCACCGCAGGCGUGCGUCCCACCACACCCUCUUCACCUCCUCUUCUUCACCUCACUCCACCCUUACAUCCUUCGACGCCCCACACUAUCCAACCCACACCUCCUCAUGCGUCCCUCCACCUGAAGUGUCCCGACAGAGGUCCUACAGUCUUCCUCCGGAGAGACGGGAAGUGUCCGAGUCCUGCCCGCGAUGCAGCUGCAGCCAAACCAAAGAGCCUUCGUCCAAUCAGAAUCACCCACAAAUGCAGCAACACCCCUUCACCCACGCUCCGUCCAAUCAGAAUCAGGCUCAAUCCCCGGAGCGGGGCUUUGCCGUUGCUCCGCCCAGUCCCAUGUUCUCAAGGCGGAGCUUCAGGCCGGUGGCUCCGCCCCUAAAAGAGAGCGACAUGAGGGGCUCGUAUGGAGGACAGCAGGAGAGGAUGGAGGAUUUAUCAUCGCUUCCUCCACCUCCACCGCCACCAACAGGGAGCAGCAUGAGCAGUUUUUCUGAGCUGAUCGGUGACUCCGACCAGGACAGAGUAUCAGUCAAACCUCACAAACAGCAGUCCAACGUGAGACCAGGAGCCGAGUGGGAGAGAGCCCAAUCUCCCAGAGUUCAUAGCGACUCAAACCUUCCACCUGUCCUCGCAAACGGAGGCGUUUUACCUCCUGAAUCCUACUUCUCCAUGGACUACGAGCAGCAGCAGCGGCAACUCCGUACGAACCGGGGCUUCCAGAGCAUCGAGCCCCAGAAGGCCCCAGAACCAGGGACCGAAUCGGAGACGACCCUGAGCCCGAGUCCAGCACACAGCCUGGACGUGGACCUGGACAUCCCCAUGGAGACGGACAUCGACGACUUCCAGGAGGACGACGACGGGCUCCCGCAGCAGGACGAGCCAAUCACCAGCGAGCUCCCUUGCUUCGCCCUGCCGGUCACGGUCCUGGAGACGGACAUCGACACCUUACCGGACUCACCGUCGGGUCGGACGAGAGCGGAGAGCGGCUCCCUGGAGGAGGAGCUGGAGGCCGGGGUUCGAGAGAGGCUGAGCCUGGAGGAGCUCUUCCCCCAGAGCGGUGAGGGGGAGUCGGGCAGGGAGAGCUGGAGAGGAACCUACCAAACCACGGAGCACAGCACCGACAGCUUGGACAGGCGGUCCGGUGCGAGCUCCAGCUGUUCGUCCUAUUACAGCACGUCGGCCGCCAAAGCUCAGCUCCUGUCUCAGAUGAAGGACUUCGCUGAUAACAGAGAGAGGGACGAGGACGACGAGCUGACGUACAAGAAACAGCUGAUGGAGAGCCUCCGCAAGAAGCUGGGAGUGCUGAGAGAAGCUCAGAGGGGACUGCAGGAGGACAUCAGAGCCAACGCACAGCUGGGAGAGGAGGUGGAGAGCAUGGUGGUGUCAGUGUGCAAGCCCAACGAGGUGGACAAGUUCCGCAUGUUCAUCGGCGACCUGGACAAAGUGGUGAGUCUGCUGCUGUCGCUGUCCGGGAGGCUGCUGAGGGUGGAGACAACGCUGGACACACUGGACAACGAGACGGAGCUCCACGAGAGGCUCCCCCUGCUGGAGAAGAAGCGUCAGCUCCUGAGGCAGCUGUCCGAGGCUCAGGACCUGAAGGACCACGUGGACCGCAGAGAGCAGGCCGUCAGCCGGGUUCUGGCCCGCUGCCUCUCACCGGAGCAGCACCGGGACUACAGCCACUUUGUGAAGAUGAAGGCCGCCCUGCUGGUGGAGCAGAGGCAGCUGGAGGACAAGACCCGGCUGGGGGAGGAGCAGCUGAGGGGGCUUAGGGAGAGCCUGGGUCUGGGUCUGGGGAUCGGGAUGGGAAUGUCGAUGGGAUACGGACAUUACUGAAGAAAAAUAAAAAGCCGAAAGAGAUGAAGAAGCAGGAGCUUGUAGUCACAUUUAGUCAGUUUCAAGACAACAAGAGAAUGAGGAUCGAUAAGUUUAACAGAGUCUCUUAAAGGAAUAGUUUGACAUUUUGGGAAAUAAGCACCAUCACUUUCUUGCCGUGAGUUAUGUGAAAAGAUCAACACCACUUUAAAGUCCGUCAGCACCUCUAAGACUACCCGUUUAACAUGUUUUAUCUUGUUUAAAAGGAGGUUGGUAAUUUGCUGCGUUACAUUUGAACCGGUCUAAGUUCCAAGUGGAUAACAGUGGCUAACAAUAGAUAACAGUGGCUAACAAUAGAUAACAGUGGAUAACAAUAGAUAACAGUGGAUAACAAUAGAUAACAGUGGAUAACAAUAGAUAACAGUGGAUAACAGUGGCUAAAAGUGAAAAACAGUGGCUAACAGUGAAAAACAGUGGCUAACAGUGAAAAACAGUGGAUAACAGUGGAUAACAAUAGAUAACAGUGGCUAACAAUAGAUAACAGUGGCUAACAAUAGAUAACAGUGGCUAACAAUAGAUAACAGUGGCUAACAAUAGAUAACAGUGGAUAACAGUGACUAACAAUAUAUAACAGUGGAUAACAGUGACUCAAAGUGAAAAACAGUGGAUAACAGUGGCUAACAAUAUAUAACAGUGGAUAACAAUAUAUAACAGUGGAUAACAAUGGCUAACAAUGGAUAACAAUGGCUAACAGUGGAUAACAGUGGCUAACAAUUACAUUCCCAGCCUUGACUUCCAAUUUCUGAGGCUAAUGGAACGCAGCAUUUAUGCUAAACUAAGCUGAAGCUUCAUAUUUAGUGAACCCAAAAUGUCAAACUGUUCUUUUAAGGGAUUAGCAGAGAACCGGAAGUUUCAGGACUAAACCAACAACCCUUUUUUAAAUUUUUUAUCAACAACAUAAAAGACUGAAGGAAGAAAAAGACAAAAGAAGAAGAAGACUACUUGUAUGUGAACAAAGAAGGAAAAUAAAAGCACACACACACAAAAACAAACUAUAUCCUCUUCUCCACGUUAAACAUGUACUGUAAGACUGUAUUAAUGACACUACACUUCUUCUAACACUACGUUGCCAAAGACAUAUUUUCUUGAAUGUGUCGCUGAGACGCUGCUUUAUUUCUUGUUGUUGUGUGUUUUUUGCGUUUUAUAUUUAAAUCUCCUGGUUCAGAGAAUCAAAGGAGUGUUCACACGGAAGAAAAAUGUUACCGACACUUAAGUCAAUUAAUUGAAAUGCAGCAUUAUUAACUGCUAUUUUUUCUUUUGUAUUCACGUUCGUUGCUGGCUGACACUUUUCAUUCAGCAAAAACAUGUUCUGUAUUAUCUCCCUUUAAACCUUCGUAAUACUUUGUACUACAAACAUGUUAUACCGUGUGGGGUUUGAGACUCCACCCACUCGUCACGUGAUAACUGUUAUGUACAGAAGACACUUGUGUUUAUAAUGUAAACAAUGUGUAUAUAGUGUUGUUGUUGUUGUUGUUUUUUUUUGAAAGACUGGAAUAGGUUGUAAAAAUUGGUUUGUAAAAGAUGAACGUGAAGAGGGAGACGAGUCAGCCAUUUCUGUAUAUCUGUACUUUUCUGUCUUCGGUUAACUCAUCCAUUUAGGAUUUACCGGAGACCGUAGUGUGAAGAACGCUUGUUUGUUUUCCUACUGAGAGUUACAUGAGACGUUUGAGACCAAUCUAAUGUUUGUACGGUAAUAAUGAGGCUAAAGCAAGCCGUCUGCUAGCGUAGCUUAGCAUAAAGACUGGAAACAGGGGGAAACAGCUAGCCUUGCUCUGUCCACAGCGACACAAUUACACGAGCAUUACACAAACAAGAUAUAACGUGUUAAUUAGCGUGCUUUUACCUCUGCUUCCUGUUUUCGUGCUAAGCUAAGCUAGCUGGCUGCUGGACUUGGCUUCAUAUUUAACGCAUAUAUAUCUGAGAGGGGUGUCUAUCUUCUCGGCUGAAUCUCGGCAAGAAAGCAAACAAGAGUAACUCAAAAAUUUCAAACUAGUGCUUUAAAAUUUGAGAAAGUUUGGGUUUUUUUUUUCCCAAUUUGUUCUCUUUUUUUUUUUUUUUUUUUUUUUUUUUGCUACGUUACCAAAGUCUCCUGAGCUUUAAACCUCAAACUAAACCCGCUCUGCCUGCCUUAGUAAAUCAAAUAAAGAGAAAAACAAACAGCUCAACAAGAGACGGGAGGGAUUUGGAAGAGGAAAUGUGUUUAUCUUGGCUGUUGAAGUUAAGUGAAAAAACAGACACUCUUUGUCAUUUUCUACUUGUAUUCAUUUCAACACAUCUGCAGCUUAAAGUUUAUUAAAAGUUACAUUUUCUGUAGUUUAUUCUAAGAUGAUUCCUGCUGUUUUAACACCAAACAAACCACACAUACUUAUCCUGUUUUGUACAUAUUACGUGUAUUCUUGUAUUUUUUCUAAACCAACUGGAAACGUAUCGACUUGACAAGAGAGGAGAGAAAGUCGCUUGAGAGUAUAUUUCUUCUUUUCAUGUUUUUUUUCCUAUGUAAUUUUGAUUUAUUCAAUUUUUUUUUUUGCUGUGUGUGCAAAAUGCAUUACAAGAUUGUGUAACUGCAAAAACACUCACGUGAGGGGAAAAAAAAGUACCAUAAAUAAUAAUAAUAGUAUUUUAAACUAG